AUAAAAAGGGGGAUGAAUUUGCAUGCUGAGGCCAUCAAGGAAGUAGCUGAAAGAGUAACACACACAUGAAAGUGUAAGAGAGACAUACUUACAAAAACUUCUCUCACAGAUCAGAGAUACCUUUCUUUCUUUCUUUCAUCCACCUCACUCCUCUGCUUUGCUUUGCUUUGCUUCUCUCUUUCUCUCUGACUCACUCCUCUCUCUCACCAACCCAUCCUUCUCUCUCUGUCAUUCUCUAAAAAAAGGUCCACUAUAAAUGAGCCUUGAGCUGUGGAUGCUUCUUUGUCUGGUUUAUAAAAAUUUCAUAAAAAUGGGUCUCUAGAUUUCAGAUUUCUGGGAUCUGGGUCUUCCAUUAUUAGUAGAAAGCUCACUCCUUUCUUGAGAAGUAUCUUUUUUACUCACUCAAAGUUGCUCCCUUUUUGUUGUCUUCCUGAAAAUGGGUUUUGCUUAAAAUCUUACACUUUGAGAUUUGGGUGUUUAUUUUGGGAUCCUUGCCACAUUUAGAACUUCAUCUUCUUUCUGCUCUUUCUGUUUUCGAUUUCUCUACUUCUCAAAGAGAUUUAUUAGAGACAAAGAUGGCCCCAAGGUUGGAUUUUUCAGAUUGGUGGGCGAAGGAUACGAGGAAAGGAACACCAGUUGUAGUGAAAAUGGAGAAUCCUAAUUACUCAGUACUUGAAAUCGACGGACCUGAUUCAGCUUUCAGACCAGUGGAGAAGAGCAGAGGUAAGAACGCUAAGCAAGUGACUUGGGUUUUGCUUCUCAAAGCUCAUAGAGCUGUUGGAUGUCUCACUUGGCUCGCCACUGUCUUCUGGUCUCUCCUUGGUGCUAUCAAGAAACGGCUUAGUUUCACUCAGCCAAUGGGCUCUGAGAAAUUAGGCAGAGACAGAUGGCUUUUCACGGCCAUUAAGCUCUUCUUAGCUGUUUCCUUAGUGAUUCUCGGGUUUGAGAUUGUUGCUUAUUUCAGAGGAUGGCAUUACUUUCAAAGCCCUAAUCUUCACAUCCCCACUAGCACACUUGAGAUCCAGAGCCUGCUUCAUCUUGUGUAUGUUGGUUGGUUAAGCCUAAGAGCUGAUUAUAUUGCUCCUCCGAUUAAAGCUCUCUCCAAGUUUUGUAUUGUGCUAUUCCUUAUACAGUCCGUAGAUCGUUUGAUACUUUGCUUGGGUUGUUUUUGGAUCAAGUUUAAGAAAAUCAAGCCGAGAUUUGAUGAGCAACCGUUCCGCAAUGAUGAUGCUGAGGGAUCUGGAUUUGAGUAUCCUAUGGUUCUUGUUCAGAUUCCAAUGUGCAAUGAGAGAGAGGUGUAUGAACAAUCUAUAUCUGCUGUGUGUCAACUUGACUGGCCAAAAGAUCGAAUACUGGUUCAGGUUCUCGAUGAUUCGAAUGAUGAAAGCAUCCAACAGUUGAUUAAAGCUGAGGUUGCCAAAUGGAGCCAAAAGGGAGUCAACAUAAUCUACAGGCAUCGCUUGGUUAGAACCGGAUAUAAAGCUGGUAACCUCAAAUCUGCUAUGAGCUGUGAUUACGUGGAAGCAUACGAGUAUGUCGCAAUAUUUGAUGCCGAUUUUCAACCUACACCGGAUUUCCUUAAACUAACAGUUCCACACUUCAAGGAUAACCCAGAGUUAGGUCUAGUUCAAGCUAGAUGGACAUUUGUGAACAAAGACGAGAACUUGUUGACUCGUCUUCAAAACAUCAAUCUGUGUUUUCAUUUUGAGGUGGAGCAGCAAGUGAAUGGCGUGUUCUUGAACUUCUUCGGUUUUAAUGGAACAGCGGGAGUUUGGAGAAUCAAAGCUCUCGAGGAAUCUGGUGGUUGGCUUGAAAGGACCACCGUCGAGGAUAUGGACAUAGCAGUCCGUGCUCAUCUACAUGGAUGGAAGUUCAUCUAUCUUAACGAUGUCAAGGUCCUUUGUGAAGUUCCUGAGUCCUAUGAAGCAUAUAAGAAGCAGCAACACCGUUGGCAUUCAGGACCUAUGCAGCUUUUCCGCUUGUGUCUUGGUUCAAUCUUGACCUCUAAGAUAGCUAUAUGGAAGAAGGCGAAUCUGAUACUUCUCUUCUUCCUUCUAAGGAAACUUAUACUUCCUUUCUACUCCUUCACAUUGUUCUGCAUAAUCCUUCCACUGACCAUGUUUGUUCCAGAAGCUGAGCUCCCUGUUUGGGUCAUCUGCUACAUACCGGUUUUCAUGUCUUUCCUCAACCUACUUCCAUCCCCAAAAUCAUUCCCUUUCAUCGUCCCUUACCUUUUGUUCGAGAACACAAUGUCCGUCACCAAGUUCAACGCUAUGGUAUCCGGAUUAUUCCAAUUGGGUAGCUCUUACGAGUGGAUUGUCACAAAAAAAGCUGGAAGAUCAUCAGAGUCAGAUCUUUUAUCUAUCACGGAGAAAGAGGCACCAAACAAGAAAAGUCAACUGCUUAGGGGAGUUUCCGACAGCGAGCUGUUGGAGCUUAGCCAACUCGAAGAGCAGAAACAAGCAAAGAAGCCCGUCAAGAAAACCAACAAGAUAUACCACAAAGAGCUCGCACUGGCGUUUCUUUUGCUAACUGCAGCGCUUAGGAGUCUCUUGGCAGCUCAAGGAGUGCAUUUCUACUUCCUGUUAUUCCAAGGUGUCACCUUUCUUCUCGUGGGUCUCGACCUCAUAGGCGAACAGAUGAGCUGAGAGAAACAAAGAAGCUUUCAUAGAUUCCGUAAAAGGAGUCAGCAAAUCAGAAUUUCUCAUCUUAGUGUCGGCGAAAAGUGAAGAAACGUGGAGCGAAAAAAAAAGUGUCGGCAGAGGAUGUGGAAUGAGAAGAAGCAUAAAGUGAAUCACGUCAUAUACAACAAUCAAUUCAAUGAUGUGCAAGUGAAGACGAAUGGGACCAAACAGAUUUUAAUUUUAUAGAGUGGGUUUGUUGAUGAUUCUGGGACCGAACUAGGAUCAUGAUCUUGUCUUUCUUACUUUUCUAGGCUUUUUAUUUUGGUCAUGCAAGAACCAUGUCUUCGUGUCUAAUUUGUAAUUUAUUCCUUUAUUUGUAACUUUAUUAAUUCGGAAACUUUAUAGUUGCGGAAACGAAUCCAUAAUAACUUCAA